AUGCUCCUCCCCAUCCAAUCGCCCUCUCUUCUCCUUUUGCUCCUUCUCCCCUUCUUUUCUCGCCCCACUUAUACUCUCCCCCCUUCUUCUUUAUCCCUUUCUCCUGCCUCCUUAACACCUUUAUUACCCCUCUUCUCCUCUGUCCUCUCAUCCCUUAUCUUCUCUUUCCUCUCAUCUUUCCUUUCCCCCUCUCCUCCCAUCCUUCUCUUCCUCCCUCCUCUCAUCUUUUUCUAUCAUCCUUCUUCUCUUCUUUCCUUUUCCUCCCUCUCCCUUUUCCUUUCCUCUUCCGUUCUCCUUCCCUCCUCCCUUCCUCCUUCCCUCCUCCCUUCUUCCUUCCCUCCUCCUUUCUCUUUCCCUCCUGCUUCCUCUCCUCGUCCUCCCUUCUCCUCUCCUCUUCCUUUCUCUUUCCAUCCUCCAUUUCUCCGUUUGUCCGCCUUUCGCUUAUCCUCCUCCCGUUUCUUAUCAUCCUCGUUUCUCCUGAGAUCCUCCUUUCUCCCUUCCCCAUUCCUCCCCUUUUUCAUCCCUCCUCUCCUUAUCCUCCUCCCUUUUUCCUUUAUCCUCCUCCUUUCGUCCUCCCUUUUCAACCCUUCUCCUAUCCUCCUCCUUUCUCCUAUCUCCUCCCGUUUCCCAUCCUCCUCCCAUCUUCUGUCCUCCUCCCUUUUCUCCUAUUACCCCUUCCACUUUCCUCUUUCUUUUCAUCCCUCCUCUCAAUCCUCCUCUCCUCCCCCCGAUGACCCACACUCACACCACCUACCUUCACCUCCCCAUUCCCACUCUUCUCUACCUCUGCAUUUCGCCUCGCCUGUUCCUCCCCUUUCUUCCCAUCCCUCCCCCUCCCCACGCUUCUCCUCCUCCUUCCUUUCGCUUAUUCUCCCUCCCUUCCUCCCCCUCCUCCUCCUCUUCCCCUUUCCUUCUCCCUCCCUUUGCCCUUAUCACUCCCCAAAGCCCGUUUACGCCGAUCGAAAAUCUUCCUACCUUCCCCCUCUCUCCUUUCCCCCCUCUCCCGCUGCGACACUCCCUAUUCUCACACUACCACCCCCACCUUCCUCCUCCUCCUUCCCUGUCUCUUCUGCCAAUUGCAACGCCCCUUCUGACUUUUCACUCUCUCCUCUUCCCGCUCUCCUGUUGCUCCACUCCCUCUUCUCACACCACUGGCCCCACCCUCAUUCUCCUUCCUCCCUAUCUCUUCUGCCAAUGCAACGCCUUUCUGACUUUUCCCUCUCUCCUCUUCCUCCACCUUCUCAGCCCCCUCUUUCUCCUCCACUUCUGUUCACAUCGGCCUUUUCUCCUCGUUCCCGUGCUGUGUCUACCCCUCUUUCCAUUCCUUCCUUACCUUCCCUUGCAACUCUUUCUCCCCCAUCUGCUUUGUGGCUGCUGAGGGUUUUCCCCUCCUCCUCUUGCCCCUCCUCCUCUUUCCCCUCCUCCUCUUUCCCCUCUUCCUCUUUCCCCUCCUCUUUCUCCUCCUCCUCCCCUUCUUCCUACCUCCCUUGCUCCUCUUUCCCUUACACCUCCUUCCCCACCUCCUCUUUCCCUCGUAUUGUUGCUGCCCCUCAUUCGUUGUCACAUCAACAUCCCUCCUCUCUGCUAUCUUUUCCCAUGUCUCGUUCACGCGCUUCCCUUCCAAUAUCCCUUCCUGCCCCAAAAAUACAGCUGCUGCUUGCAUCUCCUGCCCCUCGUUCUUGUCACAUCCACAUCCCUCGUUCUUGUCAUGUGCACCAACUCCCUCCCCCCUCUCUGCUGACAUUUCUAACGUCCUCUCUCGCCUCCUACACUCCCUCUACCCUUUGCUUCUCCACCAUCCACCUCUCUCCCCUUCUCCCUCUCCCUCCCAGCACUCACUCUCUCACCCUCCCACACGUCUCUCCCCUUCUCCCUUUCCUUCCCCUCCCUCCCAUCACUCCCCUUCUCCCUCUCCCUCCUCAACACUCACCAACCCCCUCUCCCUCUCCCUUCCCCUCACUCCCCUUUCUCCCCUUCCCUCUCCCUCUCCCCUCCCCUCACUCCCCUUCUCCCCCCUCCCUCUCCCUCCCCCGACUCGCCUUCGCCCCCCUCCCUCUCCCUCUCCCUCCCCUGACUCGCCUUCUCCCUCUCCUUCUCCCUCCCCUCACUUCCAUUCUCCCUCUCCCUCUCCCUCUCCCUCUCCCCCUCUCUCGCCCUCUCCCUCUCCCCUCUCCCUCUCCCUCGCCCUCGCCCUCUCCCUCUCCCUCUCCCUCUCCUCACUCACCUUCCCCCUCUCCCUCUCCCUCCCCCUCACUCCCAAUCGCCCUCUCCCUCUCUCUCCCCUCAGUCCCCUUCUCCCUCUCCCUCUCCCUCUCCCUCCUCUCACUCGCCUUCUCCCUCUCCUUUCUCCCCUCCCCUCACUCCCCUUCUCCCUCUCCCUCUCCCUCUCCCUCUCCCCUCUCCCUCUCCCUCUCCCUCUCCUUCUCCUUCUCCUUCACCCUUUCCCUCUCCCUCUCCCUCUCCCUCUCCCUCUCCCUCUCCCUCUCCCUCAACUCAAUCCGGGUUCUGCUAUCAGGGCCUACAGCUGCAGCAACAGCACUAACAGCACUAACAGCUGCAGUAACCACCCCAGGCCCCUUUCCCACCUUCCCACUCCCCAUCUUCCCCCCUUUCCCUUCCUCCUCUCCCGUUUCUCCCUCACCCAAAGAUGACUUCCUUUUUCCCUCAUCCCCCCUGUCCGCCUCCUCUCCACCACCCAUCUUUUCCACAACAGCCCCUGGCGGAAAUGACGUUCAGACCAAAGACCAGAGGAGCAUCUAA